CUGUUCAGGGUCCUGUUGGUUCCAGACUUGAUGCAUCGGUACCGCUUGCCUUAUGGUAGCAGAGAGAACAGUCUGACUUGGAUGGCUGGAGUCUUUAACUGCCUGUUAUUGAGGGCGGCACGUAGCCUCGAGGUCAGAGCGUUGGGUUUCGAAUACCGGAUCCCACAAGGUGAAAAACAAAUCUGUCGCUGUGCCUUUGAGCAAGUCACUUAACCCUAAUUGCUCCAGGGGCGCUGGACAAUGGCGACCCUGUCCGUGACCCCAACUCACUGCGGGUGUCUCAGGGGAGUUAACAUAUGCCCCCCCCCCACCCCAUUUAUAUUACACACUUGUGUGUAGCAGGACAAAUAUAUGCACCGCCCAAAUUAUUAUAUGUAACGGGCAAUGCGCACUACUCUCUGUUGUGUGUUGUUAUUUAUUGGAACAAAUAUAAAUACAUGUACAUAAUAUGCUUAGACUACUUGUUCAUUGUUUAUAAACUGUUAAAUCAUAUCACACAAAGACACCACAGAGGUCGACUUCUGUGUAGUAUAAUAUUAUUAGCGUCUGUGCCUUUAAAAGACGUUCACUGUUAUUCCUCUCCUUGAUUCUGCGCUGGUAUUUAAACUCAAGCUAACAAUUCGCCGGUCCUGUUGAUCAGCAGAUGAAACAUCCUUCUCACUCAAUGCAGACAGAAACCAUUGGGCUAUCAUUCGGCACCAUCUAAAGAAAGGCUAACACCUCAUACCGGAAUCGGAGUUUUUUUUUUACGCCUUGAUGUGCAUGAUACGGCGUAAUAUGGCUCACCAUCACCUUCUGCAUAUUCUGGUAUUUAUCAGUUUAUAACUUUUCUGUUGAGUUAUGCAUCAUUUGGUGAUUAUUGUACUUUUUGGUGCGCUACUCUGUGCGCCCCACCAGUGCUUGGAAUGCCCAUCAGGCUGCGGAUGCUUUGCUGACACGCGCACAGUGAAAUGCGUCUCCAAGGACCUUCGCGCCAUACCACAAGAUAUUCCAGGAUACACAAGGAAUGUGAUCAUCACAGGAAAUAAUAUAUUCAGAAUUGGAUCCGAGACGUUUCAAGAACUGAAAAAUGUCACCACCAUCAUUUUGAGCAACAAUGGGAUCACAGAGGUUGCGUCCCACAGCUUCUCUACCCUUUCUUACCUGCGCUACCUGGACAUGAGCUGCAACCAUCUGGCUCUCAUCCACCCUGAAGCCCUCAACAUCCCAGGGAGUCCUCUAAAGGAGCUCAACCUCAGCCGCUCCCUGUAUAACUACACCUCACUGACUGAUCUCACCACCGCACUGCGCUGGGGAGGCCUAGGAGGGCUGCUCAGCCUAGACCUCUCCGGGAACUGCCUGGUCUUCCUACCCCCAGGGAUGUUCUCCCACCUCCCCAGCCUGCAGCACCUCCUCCUGGGUAACAACUCCCUAGCAUCAGUCUACAACGGCACCUUCUUUGGCCUGCGCCGCCUGGAGCUGCUCGACCUGACCCGCAACUCUUUCAGGGUGUUCGGAAGCGAUGCUCUGGGGGAGCUGGAGAGUCUGGUGCAAGCCCCCCGCAUCCUGCUGAGCCACAACCCCUAUGUCUGCACAUGUGAGAUCCAAGACUUUGCCGUGUGGCUCAAGAGCUCCCGGGCUCAGGUGGGGGAUGCAGAAGCCCUGACCUGCUCCUCACCCUGGGAGUUUCAGGACAGGCCCCUGCAAGGGCUCGGGGUCCAAGUUAUCGGAUGCCAUGUCACUUCACCACCUCUGGUCGGAAUCAGAGACGAGAUGGGCGACCUCUCCCUGCAGACCUCCUACGUCCUCCUGGGUCUGGUGCUGGGCUUUGUGGGCAUGGUCUUCCUAUUUGUGCUCUACCUCAACCGGCAAGGUAUUAAUAAGUGGGUGGUGGAGACGCGAGAUGCCUGCCAUGACGUGUUGGAGGGGUAUCAACACCGCUAUGAGAUCGACACUGACCCACGCCGGGAAUACCUCUCAAAAGACGUCAGAGUCGAAGAGAAGCCACCGACAAACGGUAGUUUUGGACAGGCUCACUCAGAUAACCGCUUAUCACAGCUACCCACUGACACCUGUUUAGUUCAGAUCUCCUCAGACACACAGGUCAAGCCAGGCUCCAUCUCGGUGGAUUUGUGAUUCCACAUUCCCUGGAAUGGAACUGGACUGGAGUGAACUUGCAUUCAGGGUUGGGUAGGUUACUUUCUAAAGGUAAUAUGUUACAGUUUAGUUACCUGUCCAAAAUUGUAAUCAGUCAUGUAACUUUUGGAUUACCCAAACUCAGUAAUGUAAUCGGAUUACUUUCCCCUUAUUAGAAGUAGACAAAAAAGGAUCAACACACACAUGUGGUCUCUGACUUGUGGUCACACUCGCUCAGGUGGAACAAACUUAAACCUGUGCUUUUAUCAAUGCUGAAUUAAAUGUAAUUGAGAAAACAGAAAACAUCCUUUCUGAAUUUGAAAGUAAUCCAAGACGUAAUCAUCUAGUUUUUUUUCUGUAAUCUGAUUACAAUAUUUGUUUGCUGGUAACAUCACUGAUUACAAGUACAUUUUUGAAAAAUCAGAUGACAUAUAAUCAGUUUCUGCCCAACCCUGCUCACAUUUGUGAGGGACUUAUCUGUAUCAUGCAUUUCUGUACAAUGUGUUGAAUAUAAUUACAUCACUAAUGUAAGCAUAAAACUGCAGAACAGUUAUGCUAUUUAAUGGAGAGCCUAUUUUAAGUGUGAACAGCCGGGCUCGUUGUACCUGCAUAGCCUUGAUACCUCUUUUACUGUGGCCACAUUUUUACUGACUUGCAUAGAUUUAACCAAGUUGCCAUCUGUCUUUGGUGUUGUAUGUAUUAUUUUAUUAUGCUUUGUGGGUCUUAUUGACAUAUCUAGAUGGAACCAAAGCAAUAUUGCCUAUCUGAAGGGUCUUGACUUCAAAACUAACCUUGAAUGUCUACUCUUUUGGGAAGAUUGAAUGAUUCCACACUGCACUAAGUCAUCUUUUCGUCCUUAACUGACUUUGUAACCAGACGUGACAGGGCAAGAAAGAAAGGGCACAUAUUUCCAGAGUGCAGAAGUGACAUGGUAUUGAAGCGAUGAAGCAGGAUCUCGUGUGGUGUAUAAACUCAUGUGUAUAAUUUACCCGUGUUAUGCAAGAUAAUUUAAAUGAAACAAUUGUAAAAACCCUUUGUGCUGCCCAAUAAACCAUUUUUUCCAAAAUGUUGUCCAAAUCA